UGUAAUGUCAAUGAGAUGAAAAUGGAAAAAAAACUCGAAGAUUUAUUAAAUGACUUACAUCUAAACGAAUAUAUUGAAUCGUUUAUAAGUGGAAGACAAUUCAGUUUACGGCAAUAAUGAUUCUGAGAUUUUAAUGGAAAUUGAUAAGGACUUGUUAAUAUUGACAACACAACCGGAGGAACAACCUUUAGCAAAAUCGAGAGAAGAACCCAGCUGUUCUAAAAGUAAUUGUGAGAUCAAAGAGUCUUUAAAAAGAUCGAAAAGUUCGACAAAACUGAAAGCAAAACGUAUUCGUCAGUGGGCUGAAAGUGAGGAGGUCAAAAAGAUAAAUGUUUUGGAGUUAUUGAAUUCAACGGCCAAGGGCAGAAGUGUAAUCAAAUACUAUAAAGAAAGUAAAUUAAUUAACUCACAGUGCCGUUCAGAAAUCGUACGAAUCGUCGGAGAUAAAUUAUUAAAUCUAAAGCAAAAUCCUAGUCGAGAUGACUUCGAAGAGGUGGAUAAAAAAAUAAGACAGGUUUUUCCAUCUGAAUCUGAAUUUGUCUACUUCAUUCGAGCAAAGACUAACGGAAUUUAUCAAAGGAAUCACGAGGGAAAGUUGCCUAACUAUAUACGAAAUCAAAAAUAUUAUUGCCGGAAGUUGGAAACAUCAGCGGAAAUUAUCCAAAACGAUUUCAAUGAGACAAGCUCAGACGAAGAAGUUUCUGAAAAUUCUGAUAAAAUUUCAAUCGAUGAACGCAAUGCUGAUGGAUGGCUAAAAGAACAUUUGGAACCUUGGGAAGACGUGCUUAAAUACUGGAAAUUAACACAUCAUCUUCGGACGAAAAAAUUAACGUCUGAAAUUAAUUCCGACCAAAUAUAUAAAUAUUUCGAAGAAUAUAAAAUUCUAAGACUUGUUUCGGGAUACAUUUUACUUCAAAUUGAUUUUGCUUUGCAAUAUCCAAAUUCAGAAAAUUCAUUGAACAAUGAUUGGGAAAUAAAGAGAGAGGCUUUGAUCAAACUUAUUUCUUUGGAAUGUAAAACAGACGAAGUACGAGAGAUUCUGUCUCGUUUAAGCAAACUUACAAAUGAGGAAAAGGAUAAUUUAGUUUUCCAAUGCAUUCCUGAUUUAUUUGGCAAUGAACCACGAAAGAGAGGGAAGGGAAAAUCAGUCACUCCUCGUGCUACAGUAGCUGAAUCCAAAGAAGCAUUUAUACUUCACGUCACUACAGCGAAUGAUAUCAACCCGGCAAUUUCAAGGCGAUUAAAUCAAAUGAAAAUUGGCAGUACGCUUCAACCUUUUGUUCUGGUUGUAGGAGCAACACGGGCGAAACUUUCCAGAUAUUACUGUGUCAUAGAUACGGUGAAAUAUGAUUUCACAUCUUUGAAGGAAGCUUUUGAUACUUGCUUUAAAGCAAUUUUUGCACUGAACUCGAAAUAUUCAUCUGAGGCCUACAGUUCGUGGCUUUUUGUUCAACAAGCCUUUUAUGAAAUAACUACUAUUUACGACAGAAAAAGUUCAAAUGUUUCUACGAUGACAGGGAACUUUCAAACGUUACUAAAACUUGAAAAAACGAAGACUCUUGAAUCGUGAGGGAAAA